GAAGAGGGGAAGAGGGGGUAAGAGAAAAGGACGACCAGAUCUGAGACUUCUAUCUCAUUUAUUGUUGAUGAACUUUGAUCUUAUAAUAAGAAAACAACACGAGAAAAAGGGAAGGAGAGGAGAAUUGCAGAUUGAUCUCGAUUUGUGUUUGGAAAGGCAAUAAGCGAGUGAUGGCGGAGGACAAAGGCAUUUCCGAUGGUGAAAAAAGCAAAGAAUCCAGUCCCCCGUUGCCGGCAGUCAAGAAGAAACCCAAGGGAGUCUUCUCCCGCAUCUGGAGUACAAUCUUCAGGACCGGGGGGGACAACUUUGAGAAGAGACUUGAAUAUAUUAUUACCAAGGAAGAGACUGCUGUUCUCGCGCGAAUGAAAAGAAGAUCCCAGGUUUGGAGGGGAAUAAUCAGGCAUCUCAUAGUAUUUUCCGUCGUUUUGGAGGUUAUUGCAAUUUCUUAUGCCAUCAUGACAACAAGAUCCGUGGAUUUAGAUUGGAAAAUGAGGGCAUUUGGGGUUUUGCCAAUGUUCCUUUUGCCUGCCUUUUCUUCCAUUGCUUAUUCUGCAUUUGCAAGCAUCAGAAAGAUGUGUGAUGAGAGGGACAAGAAAACUCUAGAAAGACUUCGUGCUGAAAGGCAAACAAAAAUUGAUGAACUUAAGGAGAAGACAAAUUAUUACAUUACACAACAGCUUAUUCAGAGAUAUGAUCCUGAUCCAGCAGCAAAGGCUGCUGCUGCAACUGUCCUUGCAUCUAAGUUGGGUGCAGAUUCAGGUCUGAAAUUCCAUGUUGAAGAUGGAUCUAAUCUUAAUGUCCUGGGGGGGAAGAGCAACGAUGUUGAGGUAGUGCCAUCAAGUGGACUUCGAAAAAGAAAGCCCAGUAGACCCAAUAGUACGGCAUGCACUCCUUCGGUUCAUUCUGAUGAUGAAACAACACCUCAUUCUUCUUCAGGGAAUGAGGGUCCCCGAGCUUCUGAGCAAGGUCAAGUAGUUGUUAAUCAUUACAAUCCACAGGGACCUUCUGCACAGGACGGGGGAUGGCUUUCUCGUUUUGCGGCCUUGCUUGUUGGUGAAGAUCCAACACAAUCAUAUGCACUUAUAUGUGGCAAUUGCCACAUGCACAACGGACUUGCUAGGAAGGAGGAUUUCCCAUAUAUAACUUAUUACUGCCCACACUGCCGUGCCCUGAAUAAGCCAAAACAAUCGGUGGAGCAAAUUUCUAGAUCCAGCUCCCCUCCGAUGAACCCCUUUAAACCAGAAGGAGCUGGCGGUGCAGUAGAAAAUUCCAGUGUUAGCAUGGAUGAGGGUGCACUCAUGAACCAAGGCUCUGUGAGAUCUAGUUCCGAGAUUGAGGAAGUGACUGAAAAAUUAUUGUCGAGCGAUCCGGUUGGAUAAAACGCAUACCCCAGGACAAUGAAAUUUGCUAAAGGUGUUCUCUCUGCUUUGAUCUCAUUUGUGUCCUGUAGGUAAUGUAUAGGAACUUCUGAUCUCUGGGUUUUUGCAGUGCCUUUGGUUAUUGUUGUUUGACUAAAACAUUGAGAUGCCUUACUAGGACCUUAUGGUUAUCAUACACGAUAUAGAUGAUAGAUAUUUGU